AUGGCUAGUAGCGAUGUUCUCUUAGCGGGUUUCAUGGACGGGCUGGCGAGCAAGGGCGGCGCGAUAUUGGACCGCCUUCAGGCGCACGCCGCCCGACUACUCCCCGUGCACCACCUGGCCUCCCCCUCCCCCUCCCCCUCCCUCUCCCCACUCGCCCGCUCGCCCCUGCCCCUCGCCUCGCUCUCCCUCCCCCUCUCCCCGCCCCCGCACGACGACUCCCCCGCUCCGCCCUCCCCGCAGCAGUGGCGCCCGCCGCACCUCCGCGGGAUGCCUCACAGACGCCGCGGCGGCGGCCCCCCAGGCAGCACCCCCCCCGCGCGGUCAGUAGACAGCCGCGGAACCGCACCCGGCGGAGCCGGCGGCGGCGGCGGCGGAGGCGGGGGAAAGGCCGAGGAGGAGCGCGUGCUGAUCAGCGAGAUAGUGAUUCGUGACAAGGACGGCGGCGAGGUGGAGGACGAGGAGCUGCUGAAGGUGGUGGCGGGCGCGCUCAAGGUGUCCAAGGCCAACGCGGCGCUGACCACGCGCGAGGUGCAGGAGGACGUGCACCGCAUCAUCGACACGGGGGAGGGUGGUUCCAUGUGGGAUGGAGGUGGGAGGGAGGGUGGUUCCAUGUGGGAUGGCGGUGGGAGGGAGGGUGGUUCCAUGUGGGAGGGAGGUGGGAGGGAGGGUGGUUCCAUGUGGGAGGGAGGUGGGAGGGAGGGUGGUUCCAUGUGGGAGGGAGGUGGGAGGGAGGGUGGUUCCAUGUGGGAUGGCGGUGGGAGGGAGGGUGGUUCCAUGUGGGAGGGAGGUGGGAGGGAGGGUGGUUGGGAAGCAUGGAUCAGAGUGGCGCUGGCGGACAGCAGGCGGAACAGAGGAGUGGAGGCGAAUCAGGAGAUGAAGGGGCUGAUGUGCGUGGGGGCCAAUGUGCUGCCGACACGUGUCAUUGAGGACGCCUUCCGAGACGAGUACGGCAAGGUGGUGAACAUCCAGCGCCUCAACGGCGUGCUGGAUGUGCUCAACGGCUGGUACAGCGACCGCGGGCUCUUUGGACAGGUAACGGACGUGGAGCUGCUGUCGGAUGGGGUGGUGCGAGUGAAGGUGGCGGAGGCGGAGGUGAACAACAUCACCAUCAAGUUCCGCGACCGCAAGACGGGCGAGCCGACGACAGGCAAGACGCGGCCAGAGACCAUCUUGCGGCAACUCAUGACCAAGAAGGGGCAGGUGUACUCGCUACAGCAAGGCAGGAGGGACGUGGAGACGGUGUUCACGAUGGGCAUCAUGGAGGACGUCAACCUCAUCCCGCACCCCGCCCCUGGAGACACGGGCAUGGUGGAUCUCACCAUGAACGUCGUUGAGCGCCCGCCAGGCGGCUUCUCUGCUGGCGGUGGGCUGUCCGGCAGCAGCCUUUCUGGAGGAGCUCUUUCUGGCCUCAUUGGCAGCUUCACGUACUCACAUCGCAAUGUGCGCGGGCGCAACCAGAAGCUGAACGUGGCGGUGGAGCGGGGCCAGCUGGACUCCAUCUUCCGCGCCUCGUACAGCGACCCGUGGAUCGAGGGGGAUGAUAAGCGCACAUCCCGGGCCAUCAACAUUCAAAAUUCACGCACGCCAGACAUGAUGGUGCACGGGGUGAGGCGGGACGGCAGUGCGGGCGGACCGUGGGCGGGGGGGGUGACGAUCGCGAGGGUGGUGGCGUCGGUGGAUUACAGCCGCCCCAUCCGCCCCCGCUGGACCGCCACUGCCGGGCUCAACCUGCAGAGAGCAGGGGCAAGGGACGACCACGGCCACCCCAAGCUCGUUGAUGCCUACGGCAGCCCACUCACUUUCAGUGGGCGGGCAUCAGACGACAUGCUGAUAGCCAAGCUCGAGACGGUCUACACCGACUCGGGAGAUAACGCCUCCUCCCAGCUCGUGCUGAGCACGGAGCAGGCCAUCCCCAUCGCGCCCGACUGGCUCUUCUUCAACCGCAUCAACGCCCGCGCGCGCAACGGCUUCAGGAUUGGCCACGCGCGACUCAUCGGCAGCUUCUCAGGCGGCACGGUGGUGGGCGACCUGGCGCCGCACGAGGCGUUCCCCAUCGGCGGCACCAACAGCGUGCGCGGAUAUGAUGAGGGCGCCGUGGGGUCGGGCCGAUCCUACAUCGUCACCAGCGGAGAGAUCUCCUUCCCCAUGUUCGGCCCGUUGGAGGGCGCUUUCUUUGCUGACUAUGGCACGGAUCUAGGCUCGGGUGCCACUGUGCUAGGCGACCCAGCAGGGGCGCGGGGCAAGCCAGGGAGGGGCUUUGGGCUGGGCGCGGGGGUGCGAGUGGACUCACCACUGGGCCCUCUGCGCCUCGAGUACGCGUUCAACGACCAGAAGAUCCCUCGCUUCCACUUUGGCAUCGGCUACCGCAACUAG